AUGGAGACGGACCUUGUGAGCUAUCUGUCCCCUGGCGUGGCAUCGUCUCUGAAGGCUCCGGUGCUGCCCACCAAGCCGCUGCGUACAACAUCAGCACUGGCUGACCUGCUGAAAGACUUAGACGAGGGAGAGGAGAUCAAGUCUGAGAACAUCUCUGAGUUAAGAAGGACCGCUGAUCUCUCCCUCCGCGUCACCAAAGAGACCGCUCGCGCCAUCGGACGGUCCAUGGCAGCAAUGGUGGCGGCGGAGAGGCAUUUGUGGCUGACCCUCUCAGAUAUGAGAGAAAAAGACAGGGUCUGCCUCAUGGACGCCCCGCUUGCACCUUCUGGCCUGUUUGGCGACACCGUCAAAUCGAAGCCCGCAGCAAAGAAGCCCGCAGCCAAGAAACCUGCCGCCGCUAAGAAGCCCAAGACCGCAGCAGCGAAGAAGCCCGCCGCUAAGAAAUCUCCGAAGAAGGCCAAGAAACCCGCUGCUAAAAAGGCAACGAAGAGCCCCAAAAAAGCAAAGAAACCAGCGACUCCUAAGAAAGCAGCCAAGAGCCCUAAAAAGACCAAGGCAGCCAAACCCAAGACGCGAAUGUCGCGUAAUGUUGCAUUUGGACGUUAUUGA